AGCCUUUACAACACCUUGUUACCUGAAACGUAACCCACAUUUACCCUUUAAUCCAGCGGUUACACUGUGACAGAGAGAAACAAUGGAAUACUAAAGAAACAAAGAGCUCACGUUUUAGCCUGAGAUUGAAAAGAGACGACAACAUGGUGUAAUCCCUUUGGCUAGAGUUGCUGACAGGGGAUAACCUUUUAAAAUGGACCCUCUCUCCUGACCAGCCCCCCCCCCCACAAGCCCCUGCCCUUCUUUCUCCAUACACUGACUGACUGACUGAACUGUUACUAUGCCCAUAAAGACACCUGCUCUCACUGACAUAGGAAACCACAAUCAGCAGCACCUGACCAACACUGAGGAACUUCACUAGCCCUCAAAUCCCUCGUUUUCUCCUCACUGAACCAGAAAAGCAGGACAGGACUAAAAGGAAAAAGCUCAUCCGCUGCAGGACCAAGAACACAACCCAGCGGUCGCAUCAUGAUUGAGAGUGACAGAGAGCUGUCGGCCAUGGUACAGGAGCUGUGGGACAACGACGUCAACAGACUCACACCUGGAAAAGACUACAGAAUCUCUCUGCAGGGCAAAGCUGGAGGCAGCGUGGCCAUGAACGACAACAGUGAUGGAGCAGGAUAUCCUCUGUUUACAUUUGUCGAUGAGAACAUUUUCAAAAAGGAGACUUUUUUAGCUUUUAUCUCCCUGUUGGAUAACUAUGUGAGUGACACCGGCGAGCCAGAAAUUGUAACCCCUGAGGAGGUGGCAGAGAACCAUAAAUUCCUGGACUCCAUCAUUCAAACUUCCACUAUGAAGAUAGCUCAUAAAUACCUGGUAGAGAAUAACCUCUCUCCAAAGGACGAUACACAAUUCAAGAAGCAGCUGUACAGGAUCUGGUUUGAACUUUAUGCAAGGAGAGGAUCCAGCAGGCCAGACUCCUCUGGAUUUGAACACGUGUUUGUUGGUGAGACGAGAGGAGGGCGGACUGUCAUCGGAUUUCACAACUGGAUCCAGCUGUACCUACAAGAGAAGCUGGGACACGUCGAUUACAAAGGCUACAGCGUCGAUGCAAAUUCACCCCAGCCCGACGAGAACAAACACAUCUUGGCGCUACAGUUCAGCUGGAAGAAUGGUAUAAAGCCCAAGGGCAGCAUUUUCAUCGGUGUCAGCCCCGAGUUUGAGUUUGCCCUCUACACUCUCUGUUUCCUCACCUCGCCCAACGAGCGUGUCAAAGUCCAGUUCAAUUUCUAUGAUGUGGAGAUUGUUUGCCACCACUACAACCAAAAGCACAUAGGCACCACUUACCCUGUGCUGCUUAAGUACCGGAAACCUACCAAGUAAUUUGACUAGAAAUUAAUCUGAGAUAUAACUUCUCCAACAUUUGAGCUUACACCCAAAGUGUCACAGGUAUUGUUGUUGUCUUUUUAUUUGAGAUAAAGAUACAAUAAAACCUUAAAAGACCCAA